AUGGAACAGAAGAUUCUCGCACAUAUGAACAAAGACCAUAAACUCGCCCUCGAGGACUAUUUGGUUGUGUAUGGUGAUGUCAAAAUGGACGAUAAAAUAUCUGACAUCAAAUUAAAGAACAUUGAAAAGUCCCAGUUAAUUAUUUCUUUCAAACACAGAGAUGUGGACUUCGAAAUCGAAAAAUAUAUUCCAAUAGAGCCUCCAAUGGAAAAUGUUUUGAGUGAUUCAAGACCAAGAUUGGUGCAAAUGGCAAAAGAUGCUGCGGCUGCCAGAGGGUUUUCUCAUGUCCAGAUCAAAAAAAUGGUGUAUCCUAACAAGCCAGCAAAUUUCGUGCUAUUGUUUCUUGUAGGUAACUUGAUUUUUGCCUUCUUUAAACCAACCUUGUAUUAUGAUACUUUUUGGAAUGGCCAAUUGGGAGUCUCUAGCGCCAACCCUGUUUUGAGCUUUUUGAGAAAAUACACAUCCACUAUUUUAUAUGCCACAGUUGUUUGUCAUCUCAUGGAAACUAUGCUCAUACUUAGACCUAAAUUGAACAAAUAUAGAGUUCCAACUGAUAUUAGAAUAGAAUGGAUUAUUGCGGCUUUUUUUGAAGGGUUCGGUGCAAUUAAAAGAUUCAACACUUUGAUUCCUAAAAAACAUUGA